AUGGAAGAAGAACUUAUAGAAGCUUCAAAUUUCGAGAUCUUAACUCAUGAAGUUGUUUGGGCUAACUGAUCAAAAAUGCUGGAAAUAACGAAAAAUGCGAUCUUUGGGUCAUUUUUGAAGCUUUAUAGGGCAAAGAAAAAAAACUCAUCUUUCCACAAUUUGAACCCAAAAAUAGCCCAGGUUUUAUCAAACCUUAUUAUUUCGCUUCAGAUUAUAAGAUUAAACUGAGGUAGAAAUUUUAAAUCGGACAAUUACGCAGAAAUACAUUGAAACGCUUUUGGCUAUAUAAGCAUGGAUCAAAUCUGCGCUCAAGCAGGAAUUCUAGAUGGGUGCUUUAUAGGCUAUAGCUGUUUAAUAUUUUUAACUGUAGCUUCACUACUAUUAUUAGCAAUAAGAAGCUAUAAAGAUGAACAAUUUUAUUCCCAUUUUAUUAUUAUCCCAAGUGCACUGAUAUCUAUUCUCUCGACAAUUUGGCUUAUUCCAUCCACACUUAUCCUUGCUGUGACAUUCAAAUAUUCAGUAAUGAGGAAAAAUGAUAUGUUUGAAUAUGACUCAUGCACCAAUUGCAAUUUGAAUUUUGGUUGAUCUGGCAUUUUUGUCUCAGCUGCAAACUUAUUCUUGAUGCUAUUUUUAGUAUAUGGAAAUGAAAUUUUUCAAGCUGAAUUAAGGCAUACUUUUGCACCCCAAAAUUUAAAAGCAAGAGCUCAUUCUAUUAUAGAUAUCGAUAUGGUGAUUUUUUCUUUUAUUUUGCCAAUUGUCUAUGUGUUUUUGAGCAAUUUUAGUGCAUAUUUUCAUCAAGCAAUUCUUAUUAUGUACCCAUUAUAUAUUAUCUUCAAAACAAUAAAGUGCAACCCUUACUGCAAUUAGAAAUAAAAUUGUGACGUCGGGAAUAAGAUGAGCUCGAAGAUAUAUCUCUCUGGAGCAGAUAGGACCGUCUUGACGAAGCUGAAAAUAGUGCCUCUGUCACUUUUUAAAGUAAGCCUCCUGGCUUGGGAUGCCUGCUGAAGAGGAGAGUUUUGUUUCUCCCUGGGUUUUCUCUGUCCCUGCCCCAGGAUAGACAGGUUUUGCAUCUCAUUUAGUCUUAGAUUAUUGGGACUAAUGGGCAUACUAAUAUGUGGAUCUAAACUAGGGACUUAAUACCAGAUAGAUUGACUAGUGGCCCUUCAAUUUAUGGCCUUAUAAUACUUAGCUUACUACAAUUUAUUUUCGAAUAUAGUUGUAAUUGCCAGAAAUUUAGGAAUAAUCCUAACAACUUUAGGCUUUAUUAUAGGCGAUGCUAUUGAUGAUUCACUAAUUCCAAUUAUUUUUUUUUGAUUUGUUAACCCUAUAGUAUUGCUCAUAUUAUUACAUUAUUUAGCAAAAAAAUUUAAAAAUUCAGAAAAAAACAUAAAUUUGAUAUCGAAUCAGUAUGAAUUCGAAAAUCAUUUCAGAUGCAUAUUAAUGGACGAAGCAACAGAAGAUCCAGAAAAAGUGCUAAAAGAAUUUGAAGAAGCUUUAAAAAAGCCUUGAUUUACAAGAGAUAAGCUUUUUAUCAUUUGGCAAACAAAUUUUUGCCUUUAUGUACUUAAAAAUGAAAGGCUUGCCAGGAUCCGACUCCAUAAAAUAUUCUAUUGUAAGUCAACAAUAGAAAGCUAUUACCAAGAAUGAGUCAUUUCUUGUCUUCUCGAAAAAAAUAACAUCGGAAAAUAUGAAGACAUAGGCACAAUAUUUUAUUUUUUGGAGUUAGAAAAAAUCAAAACUAAGGACAAAUUUCUAUGCCAUAAAUUAGCUGAUUUUUGGAACGAAGUUGUAGCUCAAAAGCCAAACUUUGAUAGACUUGAGGUCUUGGCAAAUCAUGUAUCAAUAAACUUAAAAGCUGUUAAUAAAGGAUAUUCAUGUCUUACCAAAAAGUUUCCUAGCAGAACUGCUUGCCAUGAUCUUUACGGGACUCUUCAAAUUAAUAUCCUUAGAAAGCAAGAAAGUGGAAGUAGCAUGCUCCUAAAAAAAGGAAGCCUCUAUUCUACAAAUCUGAAAGAAUCUAAGCACAAAUCCCUCCCAUUUUCCGAUUCAAAUGGGUUUCUCAUUAUUUCUGCUGAUAAGAGUACACUUGGACUCGUUGUCUAUGCAAACAGUAUAGCAGCAAAAAUUUUAAAGCAGCCAAUAAAUGGUAUUGUUGGAUCAAAUUUACGCACUUAUGUUCCAUACCCAUACUCGACACACCAUGAUAAGUACUUGAAAAAUUUUAUAACUACUUGCACAGAUCCUGAAGCAAGCAUUGGGAUGUCGCAUUUUCUCCAAACUGAAAGGGGGUAUUUAGUGGAAUCCAAUUUUGAGCUACAUUUUGUAUCUUUGAUUAAGCAUAUCUACUUUGUAGCUAUAAUGAAGCCAAUGCUAAAAAAACGUGAGUGCGCUGUUCUUUCAGAUAAUGGAAUGAUUUAUGCACAUAGUGAGCACUUUUUACAAUAUAUAGAAUGUCCAAAAUCGACAGGAAGAGGCGAAAAUAUGAAUGAUCUCAUCCCUGAUUUUGAUUUUUCUCUUUUGAAAUCAGGGUACCCAAUAUUGGUAAACCAGAAUAAGAAAUCUAUUUUAUUUGUUUUGAAGCGAAUAACCAAAAAAUCAACAACCUUCAAUUUACUACUCUUAAUUCAUAAGAAAGAAGAGAUGGAUGAAUGAAAUAAAGGAGAGGAUGAGUGGCAGAAAGAAUUAGAAGAAAGCUGGCCAAGCAAUUUCGAAUGAAAAGAUUUCAUUUCUAAGGAAAAGCUUAUAAACCGAGAAGAAAUAAACGAAGAAAAUUUAGAUUACCAAGAAUUUAUUGAACGAGAUAAUAUUGAGACUGUUGCAAGUCCGGCACUAAAUGGAAGCAGCCAAUCAUCUUCAAUAUCUUUGAGUAAUUCCUAUUUAGUCGUUGGAGAAAAAAUCAUGAAAAAGGCUCAAAUGGUUCUAAACUCAAUCAAAUGAUCACUAUUGAUCUCAAUUAUGGUACUAAUUUCAAUAAAUCUUGGCAUUUUGAUAUACAUCUGAGCAGAGGUCAACCAUUCUGCUAAUUUAGCAAACAUUGAUCACCUUGCAUCAUUAAUGCGGCACAUAACUGUUCUUGCUCAUUUAUCUCGAGCGCUAAGCCUCGCUGCUGAAUAUUCUGCUCUCAAUAUAACUUUUUAUCAAGUGUCUUUGGCUGAAAGUAUAAAUAUUCUAGACUCCUUGCACCAUCCUAUAUUAUCAGACUAUAAAAAAUGGGAUUAUUGCUCCAGCUCUGACAUUGUGAAGCAUAAGUUAAUUCCAAUGUGGAGUUUAAACACCCCAUAUCCUAUUUAUUACAACUUAUAUGAUAUGAUAGCUAAAUUCAUUGAUCAUGUAAAAUCCAUUUAGGGAAGAUCUUAUCAAAAUUCAGUAGGAAAAAAUUAUGAUUACCAAGAUGUUGAAUUUUUUUUAAUAGUUAAUAGCCUAGGCCAAAGUUAUAAAAUUUUGAAUGACUCACUUAAUGGGCUGAUGGAGUGUGAAAUAAAUAGAAUAAAAGAGAGCGAUGAAAUUAUUGUUAUUUUAUAUGUGAUAGGAUUUUCUUUAAUUGGCCUCGUCGGUGCAAUAUUUUUAAUCCUUAUGAUUAAUUUGCAUAAAAAUUAUAAUCGAAUUUGAAAUUUUAUCAGAAAGCAUGCAGCUAUUGCGUACAAAGAUCUUAUCAAAAGCUGCUUCGAUAGACUGACAACUAUUCAUGAUAGCGAUCAUAGCCAGCAAGUUCUUAAAAGAUUGAAGCAUCAAAAGGGCUCUAUAAAUGAAAAGUUUUCAAAGAAAUUUGCUAUUCUUUGCUCGAUAAUAAUAUUUAUAUCAUUUUUCCAGAAUUUUAUUGUGGGAUAUGUAUUAUAUCCUCCCUGCAAACAAAAUUUAAUAAAGAGAUACCGACUUUUGGAGGCUUAUCACAAUCGUAUCGGGCAAAUUUCGGAAGCCUGCUAUUGGAUUUCUGUGUUGUCAUUUAGUAAAAAUAGUUCAUCUGAUAGCCUUCUUAGUAAAUUUUAUGAUUUUCCUAAUGCUAAUCAUAAUAUUUUUGAUAUUGUCAAAAGAUAUCAGAAUACAUUACAUGUCACCUCAAGCAAAAAGUAUCGAGGAUUAUUUUCAAACACGCUAAAAAAACAAGUUUUUGAGUCUUUGCCUGGCACUUCAGACGAUUAUUUUGAUUUGGGAAUUUACUCUGCUUCUCUUCUUAUGAAUCAGGAAAUGAUAUUUUAUGCUUAUUCGAAAGUUGAAUAUAUAGGAGAAGAAAUUAAUACACUUUUUGUAAGGGCGUGAAAUUUGCAAAAUAUGAUAAUGAAAGCAACUCCAUUGCUUGUUUCAAACUCAAAGAGCUAUGUUAAUGAUAAAGUGAGUCACAUAAUUUAUAUGGCAAUCAUCUUUGCAAUUCUUUAUUUUCUAGCUUAUUUUCUUUUGUAUUGACCUGCCAUUAUAAGGGAGCACCAUAAAUUGCAAAAACUUUAUGAUAUUUCCCAGCUCGUUCCUAGAUAA